AUGGAGCCGCAGCCCGGCCUGGGCCUGACCGGGAACCAGCUGCAGCACAGACAGAGGACCACGGCCCUGGCGCCCCCCGUGCACAGGAGGGCCCCCACCCACGCAGGGUCCGCGCAGGAGAGCAGCACGCUGGACACGCACCCUGAGGCCACGGGCCACACGGAGGCCACGGGCCACACGGAGGCCACGGGCCACAAAGAGGCCACGGGCCACAUCACGGCCAGAGCCCGGGCCGAGGUGCUGACCCCCCCGGGAGCGGGGUCACCCGCGAGGAAAACCAAAGGCGGGACCCCGGCAAGGGCUGCCCCACGCGCCACCCCCUCCCGCAGCCCCACCACACGGACCACCUCCGGGCUGCGGGCCGCCAAUUUCAAGGCCGAGCCCAAGUGGGACUUUGAGGAGCAGUACAGCAUGGACGGGGGCAGCCUGCAGACGAGCUGCCCGGACUCCGUGAAGGUGCGAGCCGCCAAGUCGCCCUGGCUGCAGCGCCUCUUCCUGCCCAACCUCACCCUCUUCCUGGACGCCCGGCACUUCAGCCCCAGCGAGUGGGCGCGCCUGGAGCACUUCGCACCGCCCUUUGGCUUCAUGGAGCUCAACCGCUCCUUGGUGCAGGAGGUGGUGUCCCGCUUCCCGCCCGUGGCCCAGCAGCAGCUGCUCCUGGCCGGCCUCCCUGCCGGCAGCACCCAGUGCGUCAGCUGCGCCGUGGUGGGCAACGGGGGCAUCCUGAACAACUCCCACGUGGGCGAGGAGAUCGACCACCACGACUACGUGUUCCGGCUGAGCGGCGCCCUCACCAAGGGCUACGAGCAGGACGUGGGCACGCGGACCUCCUUCUACGGCUUCACCGCCUUCUCCCUGACGCAGUCCCUGUACCUGCUGGGCAGCCGCGGCUUCCUGCAUGCGCCGCUGGGGGAGGACGUCCGCUACCUGCACUUCCUGGAAGGCUCCCGGGACUAUGAGUGGCUGGAGGCGCUGCUCCUGAACCAGACGUACAAGACAGGCAACCUCUUCUGGUUCAGGCACAGGCCGCGGGCGGCCUUCCGGGAGGCGCUGCGGCUGGACCGGUACCUGCUGCUGCACCCGGACCUGCUGCGCUACAUGAAGAACAGGUUCCUGCGGUCCCGCACGCUGGACACGGCGCACUGGCGGAUCUACCGGCCCACCACCGGCGCCCUGCUGCUGCUCACCGCCCUGCAGCUCUGCGACCAGGUGAGUGCCUACGGCUUCAUCACGGCCGGCCACGAGCGCUUCUCCGACCACUACUACGACCGGGAGUGGAGGAGGACCGUCUUCUACGUCAACCACGACUUCCGCCUCGAGAGGGCGCUCUGGAAGCGGCUGCACGACGAGGGCAUCAUCCGGCUGUACCAGCGCCCCGAGGCGCCCCCGCCGCGGGCCUGAGGCCCCGGAGGCCCGGCCCGGCCCCCCGCCCCUCC